UAACACAUGUGUUUCACAAGCACAUAAAACCUCAGUUUCCUUUCUUUCCUUCUAGGAAACAGCAUCUCUCUGUUUCUUUUGUAUCCAGUUAGUUAACUCUCGCAAGAAAAUCAAGAAACACAAAAAAAUGAAGGUAACAUUCAAAGUGUGUUUCUGUUGUGUGAGAAGCUUCAAAGUGAAAUCAAGCGAUCCACCUCAAGAAAUCAAAACAUUUUUCGACGAUUACUCCCAAAACGGCAGGAUGUCUGUAGAUGAGAUGCUCAGGUUCGUGAUCCAAGUGCAAGGGGAAACACACGCUGAUUUAAACUACGUGAAGGAUAUUUUCAACAUGCUCAAACAUCACGGCGUUUUCCACCCUCGCGGGCUUCAUCUUGAAGAAUUCUACCGUUAUCUCCUCAGCGAUUUCAACUCUCCAUUGCCUCUUUCAGGCGAGGUUUGGCAAGAUAUGAGUCAGCCUUUAUCACACUACUUCUUGUACACGGGACAUAACUCUUACUUGACUGGGAAUCAACUCAACAGUAGAAGCAGCACCGAGCCGAUUGUGAAGGCUCUGAGAAGAGGAGUUCGUGUCAUCGAGCUUGAUUUAUGGCCUAACUCUUCGGGAACCGAAGCUGAAGUUCGUCACGGCGGGACGUUAACAAGUAGUGAAGAUCUACAGAAAUGUCUUAACGCGGUAAAGGAGAACGCAUUUGAGGUGUCUGACUAUCCUGUUGUACUUACCUUAGAAGACCAUUUGUCUCCAGAUCUUCAGAAGAAAGUCGCUAAGAUGGUGAGUAAGACUUUCGGAGGGACAUUGUUUCGAUGCAGGGACGAAUGUAAAGAGCGUUUUCCUUCACCAGAAGCGCUCAAGAACAAGAUUUUGAUCUCAACAAAGCCACCAAAAGAGUAUCUUCAGACACAGAUCUUUCAAGGUGCAUCAGCAGCUGAAUCUUUAAAAGCAGAAGAGCUUAUUCAAGAUGAAGAUGAGAAGACUGUGGCGGUCGAAUACAGAGACUUGAUCUCGAUUCACGCUGGGAACCGCAAAGGAGGACUAAAGAACUGCUUAAAUGGGGAUCCUAACCGAGUCAUACGGUUAAGCAUGAGCGAGCAGUGGCUAGAAACUCUGGCUAAAAGCCGUGGACCCGAUGUAGUAAAAUUCACGCAGAGGAAUAUAGUGAGGAUAUUUCCCAAGACUACACGUUUUGACUCAUCAAACUAUGAUCCUCUCGUUGGGUGGAUUCAUGGUGCUCAAAUGGUUGCCUUCAAUAUGCAAAGUCAUGGGAAGUUCUUGUGGAUGAUGCAAGGAAUGUUUAAAGCCAAUGGUGGAUGUGGUUAUGUGAAAAAGCCUAAUGUUUUGCUCUCUAAUGGUCUUCGUGGUGAAAAUUUUGAUCCUUACAGUCGACAUCUCCAGAUCAAGACAACUCUCAAGGUGAAGAUUUACAAUGGAGAAGGAUGGAAUCUAGAUUUUUCUCAAGAUCAUUUUGAUCGAUACUCUCCUCCGGAUUUCUACGCAAAGGUCGGAAUCGCAGGAAUACCGUUAGACACAAUAAGUUACAGAACACAUACAGAUACAGACGAAUGGUUUCCGGUUUGGGAUGAAGAAUUCGAGUUCCCAUUGCGUGUUCCGGAGUUAGCUCUUCUGUGUAUCACAGUCAAAGACCACGACAAGAAUACUCCGAACGAUUUCGCAGGCCAGACAUGUCUUCCGCUGUCGGAUAUCAGGCCCGGAAUUCGUGCUGUCCGGCUACAUGAUCCUGUCGGAGACGUCUUCAAGCACACGAGACUGCUCGUGCGGUUUGUCUUGGAGCGUCGUUAGUCGUUUCGUUGAUGAUGUUUGUUAUUCAUCACUAAGCCACAGCCUACAGGCUAUAUAGCAAGAGAUGCUACAAUAGUUGAUCAAGAUAAACAAAAUUAUUAGAUUUGUGAUUUUAGUUUCAUUAGUUUGUUCAGAUUUCCAACAGCUGAUAAUAAUAUAUUGUUUAAGGAGAUGAUGUGGUCCAGUAAUAACGAUUGCUUCAUUGUGGCAACUCACAAACUUACUUUAUCAUGGCAGUUAUCACUAAAGGCUUAAAGCAGAUGUUGUGAAUAAAAAAUGAAAUUGCUCUUCACCCAAAUUUAUCACGUGGCUUUUCUCAUUGAACUUAUACAAAUCACCCAAAAUAUUCAGGUAAGUUUCCACUUCAAAGUUAAGAUGUUUCAUCGAACAAAAUUUCAUAAAUACAAGAAUAGAUACUCUGGAAUCGAAAAAAAAAAAACAAACUAGAAACCGAAUGCUACAUGACAUCAUGGUUUGCACACGUCAUCUCCCACUCUCACAUAAACCAUGUGCCUUAAAUCUUUUUGGCCUCCUUUCCACGUUUAUAUCCCCCAGUAAAUUAUAAGAAAAAAUGUUAUAUAUUGAUUGAGAUUUGAGGGGUAAAACCAGUUGGAUAGACACAACAAAUCACUCAGUUGUCGUUUCUUUAGGAACACACGACGGACACGACACGACUCUAUAACAGAAGAUUUUUAAGAUUAUUUUCAUAACCAAAAAAAAUAAAAAAUAAAGCUCUGACAAAAGAAGAGAGAUGAGUUUUGUGCUUCGUGUUGCUGUGUUUUUACUGUUGACGCUUACAGUUACAUCUUCAUCAUCCCCUAGCUCCGUUUCUGCUUCAGGUGUUGGGAAGAUCGGAAUAGAAAGGAGGUCGUUGAUGGUAAACGUCCAAGAUUAUGAUGGCCCGUCUGCAAAUCCAAAACACAAUCCCGGCACUCCUCCAGUUACUACCAGCCCCUUCAGAGGCUGACCUACGUACCC